UUUUAUUUUCUUCUUGUUGGACUCUCUCAGCAUUGCCUCUCGUCUACCCAUGGCUUUGCAGGCCUACCCUCACCGGCGUCAGAACCGUUCUCUGUAUACCUGCAACCGCCACCCAGCUACCAUACCGGUUACAGGCUUCUGUGCGUCAUGCCUCCGGGAACGCCUCGCGGGCAUCCAAAACGACUCUGCUACCACAACCCCAACUUCCUCGACUUCCUCAACCUCACAGCUCCGCCGCUCUAAAUCCUGUUCCGGCGGCCAUGUCCCAUCCUCCUCUGCGGCCUCCGAGCCCCGCCGUAAAUCUUGUGACGUAAGAGCUCGUAAUACUCUCCACAAUCUUUUCUCCGUCGGCAACAAAAUAAAAACCCUCAAUGUAAACCUGCCUCCAUCGAAUGUUGAUGCUUUUCAAGGCUUGAAAGGGGGUAACGAAGAAGGAGAGUUAAAAACGAUGAAGGAAUUCAUAGAUCUCGAAUGUGGAAGGAAAAAGGCCUCGGGGAAAUCCUUAUGGGAAGCAGCUUCCGUUUUUAGCAAGAAGUUGAGGAAAUGGAGGAAAAAACAGAGUAAUAAGGAGAAAAAUAAGGGAUUGGUUCUUGAGAAGGCAAACGAAAGGGGAUUAAGAGAUACCCAAUCGGAGAUCGGGGAAUAUGGGUUGCCCGGCAGAAGAUCUUGUGAUUCUGAUCCUAGAUUAUCAGUUGAUUUUUCCCGUUUAUCUGUUGACGAUUCAAGGUUUUCCAUUGAUGAGCCAAGGGCUUCUUGGGAUGGCUGCUUGAUUGGGAAACAUAACCCAGAGGUUAACGAGGAACCCAGUGUUGGGGAAGAGAGAUUGAGUGUUGUAAAAGAGGAGGAAAGGAGUAGCCCUGGUGGGUCAGCUCAAACGAGAGAUUAUUAUGCGGAUUCUUUGACUAGGAGGAGGAGAAGUUUUGACCGUUCAUUUUCAAAUAGGAAGACAAGUUUAGGGGAGGCUGAUGAUUUUAAGUCUUCCAUUUCUAAUGCUAAAGUGUCACCCGAGACUGUUGGGCUAUUUCAUGGGGCAAAACUGUUGGUUACCGAGAAGGAACUGAGGUAUUCCAAUUGGUAUUCUAAUGUGGAAUCUGGUCCUAAGGAUGUUGGACUUUUUGCUAAUGGAGGUGUUGGUCAAAAAGCCUUUAAUUUGAAGAAGGCAAGGAGCUGGAGAAAUGUUUGGAGCAUCUGGGGUUUGAUACCGAGGCGAAAACAAAGUGAAUUUGGAAAUAAAGAUAGGAAUUUUGGAGGAGAUGCAGGGAAUGGGAGGCUAGCGGAGUCGGUGCAGAAGCUUCAAAGGGUUGUUAAUGGAGAUGAAGACAGAGGUAUUGUGAAUUCACUGCAAAAGCUUAGGAGGCUUGCCAGUGGAGAUGAAGGUAAAGCUAUAGGAGGAAAUGUGGCUGAUGGAACACUAGUAGAGUCCUUGAAGAAGUUAAGAAGAAUGGCCAGUGGAGUUGAAAACGGGAAUGUUGUAAGGGAUAAGCUUCUGCGGAGUUAUAGUGUUAGUGCUCGGAAUUCAGUUGAAGGAUCAUCUUUAUAUAGGAUGAGUGUGACUGAUGCUAAAGGUGAUUGUCUGAAGAGAAGGGAUAAUCACAUGUUGCAGUGGAAUAGGAGUGUGAGGUAUUCCCCUAACAACCUUGACAAUGGCCUAUUGCGGUUCUACUUGACUCCAUUGAGGAGUUACAGGAGAAGCCAAUCUGGAAGUAGGCUGAGAAACUCGAACUCUAUUGGUGGGAGUAUACUGUAAUGGUGCUUAAAGUUGUUACCAGUAAGAUUCUGUGUUGUAAAACCAUGUAUGAUUCUGUUUAUCCAUGUUUUAUAGAUAAAAAAAGGCACAUCCUAUUGUCAUCUUUGUUGCACUAAGCAUGUGUUUUUCUAAUAAUGCACCAAUGGAAACAAUGGAACAGUAUCUUCAUAUUGUUAGUAUGGUGAGAAUUAUUGCAGAAUUGGCUAACCAUUCACAAGAAAUG